CAUGUACUAUGCAAUCCAGAAGUGCCUUCGGAGCGAAAAAGGAACAAAGGAAGAAAAGGGGGCAUUGUGCUGUUGGAUGUUUCUGGUUAAAGAACCUCAGUUGUAGAUUCCAAAUUUGAAAUGUGUUCUCAUUGUAAUAUUUUCAGUUAUUUGAACUUAUUUUCCCAGCAUCUAACUACAGCAGAGAAGAGAAUCUUUGCGACACAGAAAGACUUUAUGGCCUUAAGUUUGAUAAUAAAUCAGUUGUGGUCAGGAGGGAAUGACACCUGGAUCAAAAGCCAGAGCUCUACUCUAAGGCAAUUGGAGCCAGUGUUGGAUGCACUUAAGCAGAGCAAGCUUGGAGUUGCCUGGAGUUAACACAGGCGUUGCUGUGUUGUGUGGUGCUCCUGCGCGAGGCAGUGAAAGCUGAAGUGUGUCAGUCUAGCACUGAGACACAUACACAGGCUGGGGCUGUUGAGGUACCUGUGGAUAGGAGCCUUUUUGCACACAAGGAGCAGAACAUCUGGCAGUGCAGUAACCAUGUUAGGGAGGGAGAGACCAUCCUCUUCAGUGGUUCUCUGGAUAAAGUAACUUAAGUUGGAGUGUAUGAAUAAGCUGGCUUAAUAGUUGAAUAUGACUUGAUAAAUUCUCAUGUAAAGUCUCCCUACAUCGAAAUGCUUAUUUUUAAUCAAACGUAGCUGGUUUGGGCAUCGCGUUCUUUUCCAGCAUUUUCCCUUCUCUCAAGUCUGAAACGUUUCUGAAUUCCUGCCCUCUCGGAACUGCUGCCUCUUCCCUCAUAACUUGAAGUAUUGUUUUACAGCCCAGAACGAGACUUCGCCAGUUGCAGGUCCUCCCAAGCUAGCGCUCUUUAGCCAUAUAAAGCUGUUUUUGUACUAAACCCCAAUAAACUCGCACAAACUCGCUCGGCCGCCGCCGUUCCUCCGUGCGCGCGGGGCCGCCGGGCCGCCAGGGGGCGCUCUGCCCGCGCCGCCGCCGCCGCCCCGCCCCCUUUCCGCCUCCUCGGACGCCGCCAUCGCCGGGACGCCGCGCCGCUCCGCGCCAUGUCGUCGCACAAGACGUUCAAGAUCAAACGCUUCCUCGCCAAGAAGCAGAAGCAGAACCGGCCCAUCCCGCAGUGGAUUCGCAUGAAAACCGGCAAUAAGAUCAGGUACAACUCCAAAAGGAGGCACUGGAGGAGGACCAAACUGGGCUUGUAAGAGAGACUGUCCCAGGAGCUCUAAUGAACAUUGGUCUUUCUGUGUCAGAUCGAUAACACCCUCAAGUCAUUCCUCUGUGGUGCUGGAGUGCAGUCCCCAGUGUGGGGUUUUUAUAAGCUGGUCUGGGAUGUUGAUGUUAAUUGGGAAAAUCUUUGUAUCUGAAACAUGGAGACUGUGUUCUAUUAGUGUUCUUUCAGGCAUCACCGUGAGCAUUGACACUGCACAGGCUAACUAAUAAAUAUGGACCUGAAUAG